UCUGACUCACCGUAACUUUACUUACAAAAUUUACUUACAUGUCGGCGGGUAGAAGAGGAUUUAACACGCACUGAUUAAUACGCGAGCAUGAGCUUUAAAUGAAGGAUAACGCCUGACAUGUUCUGUCUGCUCACCCUUACUCUCCUGGCUGUAAGAGGGGCCGCUGCAGUGACUCCUGACUCAAACAACACUAUCUGUUCCUAUGGAUGUCAACCUAGAUAUGGUGGGUUGACUUGUCAAGCAUGUAUUGGCGGAUGUUAUGGAGAAAGGUGUACGCAACACUGCGGCCACUGUGACAGGGAUGAGUGUCACAGAGAAACAGGUCAAUGUUACAGAUGCCAACCGGGCCACUACGGUAAAACAUGUGAUACUAAAUGCCCUGAACACUGCAGGCACACUACUACGAAAAACCAUGUCUUCUGUGACCGACGUACAGGUAGAUGCUUAGAAACAUGCAAGGAAGGUUAUUACGGUGUUUCGUGUGACAAGCAGUGCCUCGGACACUGUUUUCAUUCUAUAUGUGACAAAGAAACAGGACAUUGUAACCGAGGUUGUCACCGUGGCUGGAGAAGUUCCCGAUGCAAUAAGCCAUGCCCUACCAACUGCCUGAGAGGCGACUGUAACAGUGAUGGCACAUGCAAGCAUGGAUGCAACCCUGGCUUCUACGGUCUGAUGUGUAACGAAAUGUGUUCCAACUGUUACUCUUCUGGGUGCGACAGGCUGUCGGGAAGAUGUGACCAGUGUUCUCCGGGCUUCUGGGGUGACAAGUGUAACACAACAUGUGACUCUGGUUGUUACACAGAACGGGACGGCUCUACAAACUGUAAUCGCAGUACAGGAGCAUGCUUAGGUGGAUGUAAGGAUGGUCGGUAUGGAGCAGACUGUGAUCGCGCAUGUAUUACAUGCAAAGAAGAAAUGUGCUUUCCAAGUGACGGCUCCUGCUAUAAAGGCUGCAAACAAGGUUGGAAAGGGUCAUUCUGCAAAACAAAAUUGUGCUCUGUAAACUGCCUAUACGGUGCUUGUCACAGCGAUGGAAGAUGUACUCGUGGAUGCAGACUCGGUUUCCAUGGUGACAUGUGUGACAAGACGGGUUGUACUACCCGAGGCUGCUACCAGGCCAAUCAGGGUGGUUGUGAGCCGGGCUUUUACGGUGAAAUCUGUAAUUUGACAUGCCACACCAACUGCAAGGCUGGAGAAGACAACUUGAGACGUUGCCACAAGGACACUGGCAGCUGUAUGGACGGCUGUCGAGCUGGCUGGCAUGGGGAUCACUGUGGUAUCAGCUGCAGCGGACAAACGAGAGGUUUGAUGGCGGACAAAGAAGAAACACAUUUAUGCUCCGGACAAGUGCCUAUGAUAGGUCAGACUUAUCUGGGUGUACAGUCCCUUGCACGUAUCCUGUACAUCUACGAGGAGACACUGGGUGUGCUGGUCGCGGUCCAAUGUGUCCCCCGACAUAGAGUCCUGGUGAUAUGCUUUCUCCGAUACUGUACUGCAUACCGCAUAUUGGCGUUUAAGAAGAUGGAAACAAUUCUCAGUCGCAUUGUGACAAUCGUCGCCUUGAUAUAUACAUGUGUGACCGAAAACAUCGGUUCUCAUGUCGGCAAAUGUGAAGAUGGGUGCACCCCUCCAUAUGGGGGAUUAACUUGUCAAGCCUGUCUUCACGGUUGUUAUGGAGACAGAUGUACUGACCACUGCAGCCACUGUGGCAGUGAUGGGUGUGACAGAGAUACAGGCAGGUGUUACAGGUGUAAACCAGGUUACCACGGUGACGGGUGUAACACUAUAUGUCCAGACAACUGUCCUGCAGAUUACAAGGGUGAUGUUUACUGCAACAGAAGCUCAGGGAACUGCCUGGAAACCUGUAACAAGGGACAUUUCGGGAGCACGUGUCAGAAACGCUGUCCACAACAUUGCAAACACUCGUUGUGUGCCAAGACCAAUGGGUAUUGUCUGGCUGGAUGUGCGCAUGGAUGGAGAGGGCCCUUCUGUAAUGAGAAGUGCUCUGCUAACUGCUUGCGAGGUAUCUGCCACAGUGACGGCAAGUGCAAAGAGGGCUGCGAAUCUGGUUACUAUGGCCAGUUCUGUGACAAGAAAUGCUCUAACUGUUACACAACUGGAUGUGACAGAUUUUCAGGCAGAUGUGAUCAAUGCUCACCUGGUUUCCAUGGCGACAACUGCACCAUGACAUGUAGUCACUACUGCUACACAGAACGUGAUGGCUACAGGCAUUGUUCGCGUGCAGACGGAACCUGUGUGCAAGGAUGUAUAGAUGGGAGACAUGGACCUCAUUGUGGUAGCAGUUGUAGUAGCAACUGUAAAAACUCAGUAUGCUUUCCAAAAGAUGGGUCUUGUGUCAACGGCUGUACACACGGGUGGAAAGGAUCAUUCUGUAACGAAAAAUGCUCGGAAAGUUGUCGAACUGGUGCCUGUUACACCGAUGGAAAAUGUAAAUAUGGUUGCGAACCAGGAUUUUAUGGCCUGUUUUGUGAUAGGCAAUGUCCGCAUUGCCAUACCACUGGAUGUGACAGAACAUCGGGCAGGUGCGAGGAAUGCUCCCCAGGGCGAUAUGGCAAUGGAUGCCAUCUGAAAUGCAGCAAUUGUUAUGCAGGUCGAGAUGGCUUGAGUCUUUGUGAUCGUGACACCGGCACGUGCCAGGAGGGAUGCAGGGAAGGUCGGCAUGGACCAACAUGUAGUCAUCAUUGCAGCAAAACGUGCAGACACUCUUGCUCCUAUACAGAUGGCUCCUGUACCCAUGGCUGUAUCGGAGGAUGGAGAGGAACCCACUGCGACAGGAAGUGCCCUGAAAACUGUUUGAAUAAUGACUGUCUCACUGAUGGAAGGUGUAAGCAGGGUUGCCGCGAUGGGUUCACUGGUCGGUCCUGUCACGAGAAAUGUUCGACCUGUAGAAACGUUCCUAAAUCUGCGACAUACACUCAGUCUAGUAAUGGGUCAUCUCGUCUAGCGUCCAUGUCAGGGUUUUGGAUCCAAGUGGCUGCGGUCAUAGUGUGGGCGUGUCACCGCUGUACAAUGAGCUGCCAGGACAUCUGAACUGCAAUCUCGUCGGGGGUAGUUAGAAGAGUCCUGGCAGUGCAUUGUAAGCUGAUAUGUCAAACCAACCUACUCGUGUGUAUACGUGACUGACAUCACCUCUACAGCCAUCACCAUCAGAAGAUAUAGAACAAAUACAACCAAACUUACUGGAAACGCCACAGAAGUUGCAUGUUUAUGCAUACAAUAAAUAUGUAAAUCAAUUGCCAGUACAUUGUCAUGAUUAUAUACAUAAAGGAUUGUUAAUGUACAUAAGUGAUUGUAUAUCCUAUUUAUGAAUUUAGUUGCAUUUGUAUAUUUUCAUGAGUGUAUAAUCGUUGUAAACAACUUGUUUGUGGGAAGACUUUUGAAAAUAAGGGCGUACAAUGUUACUACUGUCCCUUCUUGAAUAUGAAAAACGACAAUAAAUCUCGUUUAU